GUUCCGCCCCGGAGCUGACUUCCUUGUAGGCAGACACCCCGGGUGAGUAGCAGCGGUUGUGAAGGACCCCGGAGCCAUGGAGCGCACACGGGACGCCAUCCUGGAUGCACUAGAGAACCUGACCGCUGAAGAGUUCAAGAAGUUCAAGCUGAAGCUGCUUUCGGUGCCGCUGCGCGAGGGCUACGGGCGUAUACCGCGGGGCACGCUGCUGCCAAUGGAUGCCGUGGACCUCACCGAUAAGCUGGUCUCCUUCUAUCUGGAUGCAUAUGGUGCCGAGCUCACAGCGCUUGUGCUGCGUGAGAUGGGCAUGCUGAAGCCGGCGGAGCAGCUGCAGAUCUUCAUGGGCAAGGGCCCCCGAGCUGCUCCUGCCGGGAUCAAAGCCCCUCCCCAGCCAGCAGCCAAACCAGCACUGCACUUUGUGGACCAGCACAGGUCAGCACUCAUCACUCGGGUCACAGAUGUGGACGGGGUGCUAGAUGCCCUUUAUGGGAAGGUUCUGACGGAGGAGCAGUACCAGGCUGUGCGGGCAGAAACCACCAACCCAAUGAAGAUAAGGAAGCUCUUCAGCUUUGCUCCAGCCUGGAACCAGACCUGCAAGGAUCUGCUCCUUCAGGCCCUGAGGGAUACCCAACCCUACCUGGUAAAUGACCUGGAACAGAGCUAAGGCAUCUUUCCCCAGCAGCACACCCCAGCAAUUCCAGUCAACUCACCCCAAGUUUGAUUUUAAUUCACAAUAUAUGAAAACCCAACUUGUA